AUGUCCGUCUCCGCCAGCAAAAUAGUCUCGCAAGAGCCACUCUCCACUCAAGACGCAAAAUGGGUCAAACUCGUCAAGACAACCUACACAGAUCCCCACGGCACCGAACGCACCUGGGAGUCUAGUGAGCGCUGCACCCGCCCUCCCGGCGUUGACUUUGACGGCGUCGGGAUCAUCGCCGUCCUCGAGCGGCCCGGUUUCGAGCCCUGCCUCCUCCUACAAAAGCAGUACCGACCCCCCAUUGGCAAAGUAACCCUCGAGAUCCCCGCCGGCCUCAUCGACGCUGGCGAGACCCCGGAAGAAUGCGCCAUCCGCGAGCUCUACGAAGAAACCGGCUACCACGGCGUGGUCGAGCCGGUUGGCGACGCUGGCGAGCGCAGCUGCCUCAUGUUUAAUGACCCCGGCAUGUGCAACACCAAUCUCCAUUUCGUGCAUGUCAAGGUCGAUCUAAUGGACCCGAGGAAUGAGAAUCCGAAGCAGCAGCUCGAGGAUAACGAGUUCAUUGAGUGCUAUCUAGUCCCGUUGAAGGCGCUGUAUCAGGAAUGCAGACGCUUGGAGGCGCAGGGGGUGGCGAUCGAUGCGAGGGUGGGCAGUUUGGCGGAGGGCUUUGAGAUGGUGAGGAGGUGGAAGUUCUUGUAG